CGGCUUUGAUAUAUUUUUUUGUACGACUGAUGAUGCUUGGUAAUUUGUGAAGCGUAGAAAAGCUUUAAUGGGUUGGAAUAAUGGCACGCGAAAGCAACUUUCAUUUUUAAUGAUUUUGAUGGUUUUGAUUAGUGUUUUGAGGACAACAAAGUGGAAAGGAUGUAGCUUCAUCAGUUUAAUAGUAACCGAGGAAGUUUGUUCAUUCAACUGCGGAAUCUCUUAGCCUAUUUACUCUCGUAUUUGUUAGUGUAGUUCUGAUUUAGGCGAUGUGGAAUGACCCUUGUAAUUCCCAUGACAAAUUUGUGGUCGUUUACGAUGGAAGAUCAAUGUUUGGAUGAAGACGAAACAUUGCUGUCUGAAGAAUGGGAAACUCAAUCCGAAGAACUUAAUUUCCUUUGUACUAACCCAGGGGAGGAAGAUAUUUAUCGGAUCAAAGAAAGAGGAAUCAAAAGAAAAGAGUCCAACAAAGUUGUUGUAGAAAGCGAAAGUCCUGUUGUAUCACUUGUUGAUCAACGUCGCUUUAUAUUACAAGUCACUUUUGAAAAGUUACGUCGAUUGGAAGAUCCUGAAGCUUGUCUCAGGCGUACAGUUUUAAUAAACAAUACCUUGAAGAUGCUUCACAAGCAAAUUUACGCCGAGGAAAACCCGUUGGUUUGCGGCAGUGUGAUAACUCUUCAUCCAGCGGAGACGACCGCGAGAGAGGAUUCUUCACCGCCACAUCCUAAAGUGAUAAGAUUAAGUUUUGACAACAACGUGGCGACGGACGAUUCCAGGACGAAUUGUGUUGAAAACUCUUCUUUAAUGGCGAGUGACAACUUGCGUAACAGUUGUACAAUUUCUGACUCUUUCCCGGAGGAUGUAGACGACGAUGUGUUCGAAGAUGCCGAAGAAAUUGCUUGCGAUAGAGAAUCCUUGUUUGGCGAGCUGGACAGUGUUUUUCAUAGCUACAUAUGUGCCUUGGAGACGUGAGUCUGAAAUGGUUAGAUACUUUGGAAAUUACAAAUGUUUGUAAAACUUCUGUUUAUCGCACCUUGGAGUUAUUUUAAUUUAUAGAUCCUUCAAGGUCAACAUAUAUUUAUAUAUACGUAUUGUACAAAGAGCAGAUUAUGUCGAGUGCAUAAGAUAUCAAAGAUUGUCGAUCGAAUAAGGAGAUAUUUUAUGUAUAAAAUGGAAAAAUUAACUUAAUCAAACCAGCCAUUAGAAAGUUAUGAAGCCACAGAUAUUUGUGCUGUACGUUUUUGUACAAAAUCACAAUUUAUAUAUCCUUGUAACAUAGAGAUCUUGUUUAAACGUAGUUCUUUGUUUGAGACGAUGCAGCUAAAGAUUUAACUUUACUUUGGUAAUGAACGACUAACUAACUUUGGAAGGGGGUUUAUCUCUAAACAUGGAGAGGAAAUCAGUGUUUUUCGUUCUCGCUGUGUAUAAACAAAAAACAUGGAAGGAAAUAGUUUUCUUCGUGGAAAUAGCUGCAGCAUUUCAUUCUUUUAUGUGAGGUCACAACCUUCAUUGAGUCUGAAACUAUGCCAAUAAUGUAAAUUAAAGAAAGAUCAAAACUUCAAAGCCAUUAAUUCAUUCCCAUUUACUCAGUAAUGGCUCAGUAAUCUAUUAUCGAUUGAGAGUGAACUGUUUCUGCUGCAGUGCGAACAAAAGCAGCACGUGCAACUGCCCUUACAUUUGUCAAAUUCAAAAGGACAAUCGAGAUUUUUUAGCAGUAUGUUUACCAUUAGAAGGCCGUUUUACACGUCUGUAGACACUGGCAGCACUGGAAAACAGUAUAUUCUUUUGUAUGCAGGUCCUUUUUAGGUAAUGUUAAGUAAUUCUACACAUAUGUAGCUAUGGAUAGAGUUUUCUCUGCAUUGGUAAAAUCCACACUCGAUCGAUUUUAAAUCAUAUUUAAAAUCCCUAAACGUUUUGUAGGGGGGAUUGUUGUUGAAAGUGGCUUUAUUGUCAUGACGUUGUUUUCUCGGAAUGUCAUCAAGAGCGGUGUAAUCAUGUUUGUUUCUUCAGUUACACGCGGUUGUGUGAAACUAAAGAUGGCAAUUCAAAUCUAAUUAGUGAAGAUGUUUUAAAACAACAUCUUUGAAUGCCAAUAUAUAUAUUUCUUAAGUAGUUUCCUCCUCCUUUUGUGUAACUGGAUUUUGAUAAAAUGCAAGGGUGUCUUUACUUGGGUUUGAAUGGACUAAGGAUUAAAAAUUAUUGUUUUAAUUUUUUGUCAAAGAACAUAUACAUGCCUCACUAGGGAAAGGCAAAUUUAUGGUAACAAUAGGCUGGUGUGGUUCUCAAUCAAAAUGUUUCUUUUUUCUGUUUUAAGUUUUCAAAUUGGUUUUUAAGAACUGCUUAGAACACCACAUACUUCUACACUUUCCAGGUUUACUGUCAUACAGUAAUGUACUGCAACAAAAAAGAUAAAAAUCAAAUUUAAAAUGACUUACUAAAGGGGUAUUUAAGAGUCGGGGGAGAAGUGACUGUUAGAUCAUUCUAGAGCAACUGAAAGAUAUAAUAUAAAAAUGCAUUGCUUCUUAGUGAAUUAAAAGGGUGUACAUGUACAGUUGUAUACAUAUGAAUGUAUGUUUAAUGUAUGGUAGUGGUCUGAACUUUCAAAUUGUAUAGUUUGUAUUAUUUGUAAGAGUUGUUUUAUCGGAAUCUAACAACUUGAUCUAUCAUAUUUAGACGCAUUUAAUUUAGUAAUUUAUAAUCAUGUUGAGGUCCUCUUGAUAAGUUAAGUUAUGGAUUGUGCAUCUUUCACAUUGCAAUGCAAGAGAAAGAUAAAUUUUUUUUUUUUAAUACAAGAAUUAUGGGAUCAGCAUUCAGUUAAUUUAAUUCUUUUCUUGUUCUAUGUUAUCAGCAAUGACUUGGUGGGAAAAAGCCAUUAUUUUUAAAAGAAAAAAAUUAUUUAUGUCCAUGUUAUAUGUUUCACAGUUUGUUUUAUGUUACAACACUUAAUGUUUCAUAACACUUAAACAAUUUUAUCAUUUUGCUACCAGGAAAGUUUUUUGGGCUGAGAAUCUAAAUCAAAGCUUUGUAGUCUGGGUUAGUAUGUUAUAAUCUUGCUGAAAAAGUUUUGGUCAACAGUUAAUUGUUUUCCUAGUACUUAAUAUGUGAUGUUCUUUUACCUUAGUUUACUGCAGUGUUUUUUUUUAUUUCUAAGUGUGUCUAGAAAAGAGGUUCCUGAUUUUUGGCUUUCAUUUCCAGAGAGCUGAAGUUUUGGUUCGUGUAAUGCCAAUUUUUACUUAAUGUAGUCAAUACCUAUUCCUAAUUUUGAUCACAUGAGAACUGUGUAGGUUUAAGGUGCACUUUGCAGUCACGUUUCAGAUCUCUUGAAAUGAUCUUUCUGAAGACAUGCAAGGUGAUAAUGGAGAGAUCAGCACUGCAUUUAUGUGAAAUGGCAAAUGUCAGCUUUCCCUCACGCUUCACAUAAAGCAGCAGCAACUGUACUGCUUUAGCUUUGUGUGAACUCAUGUCAUGGUAUAUUUGAAGGUGCCCUUGUAUGACCUAAGGGAACAGUUUUGAUGCACUUUUUCCAGCAAUUAACUUCUACUCUGUGACAGAAAAAGUGGAGAAAAUCUUACAUACUCAGCAAAUGCAAAACAGGUUACUUCCAUGUAGAAACAGUAUUUAAAGUGCAACUGGCCAACGUGGAAAAUGGUGGGGAAAGCAUGGUCAUGUGGUCACAUGCCAUUCACGUUUCACUUAAAUGCAGUGCUAAGUCUCUCUAUCCUUUAAAUUUGAUAUGUAAUGCAAAAUUAUCUAUUUUGUGUUUGUUCAUGUAGCUUGAACUGCAGUGUUCUCAUGUAAUUGAAAAUGAAAGUUAGAAAAUGUAGUUCAGUCAACACUUAAUCAUUUUGUUAAAUUUCCACCUUUACAAUAGCAAUUAUUAGAUUAACUUUAUACUAUGAUAAUUUGAUUACUAGUAACCAGCUUAUCCACACAGCUAAAUUUAAUUCCACUGUAAGUUAAUUGUUGAUGAUGUUUAGAGUGCAAAAUGGCUCAGCUCUUUAUAUAUUAAACUAUUUUAAACAUUUAUACCACUUCUUACGUAAAAAUUUUUCAGAAAAAUCUACUGUAUGAAAAUUGUGAACUUAAUAAAACGGUCACAUAUUUCA